AUGGCCGAAGCCGCUCAGAAGAAAAUAGAACCGCUAAAAGCUCGACGUCUCGUUUGCACCAAACAAUUAGACAGAAUAAAUGAGUUUCUAUCAGAAAUUAAUGCAAAACACACUUCGGAAUUCGAGGUUCGUCUUCAAGCUUUGGAGUCUGUUUUUAAAGCAUUUGAACAACUCCAGAUCAAGUUGGAGGAUAUCGAUCCCAAGGAAAUUGGUGCCAAAGUCGACGUGCGAGCUGAAUGCGAGGAGAUGUACUACAAAUCAAGAUCCAAAGUUCUUCAUGAAAUACAAAGUCGAAAAUCUACUUUGCGAACAGAAAAUGUUGUAUCUACCGAAACUAAAUCAUCUAAUCAGUUGAAACUUCCAAAGCUUAACAUUCCUAUUUUUUCAGGUGAAGUUACCCAGUGGCUAUCCUUUCACGAAAUUUUCAAUUCCCUAAUCCACAAUAAUUCCUCAUUAAGCAAUGUCUCCGAGCUACACUAUUUGAUUUCCUCUCUAUCUAGUCAAGCUGCUAGGACAAUACAAUCGUUGGAGAUCACUGAUGACAACUUAGAAGUUGCUCUCAAUCUGCUUAUUGAAAAGUACGACAACAAACGUGUGAUUGCCACUGAACACAUUAAAAAGGUAAUGAUGUAUUCAGCUAUUCGAAAACCUUCAUCGUCAAGUCUACGUCAAUUUUGUGAUGAGAUCAAUAGUCAUCUUCGUGCUCUUACUACACUUGGACGUCCUGUAAGCCAAUGGGAUGACCUACUAGUUCAAAUACUUCUCCCAAAACUCGACAGUGCAACACUUAACAAAUGGAACGAAGAAGGACCCACCGAAAGAAUGCCCAGUUACCAGGAGCUUAUAAAAUUUCUUACCAAACGCACCCUGAUUCUCAAUGACGACAUUCCUCAGCCUAACCAUAAUAUUUACAAGUGUUAUCAAUUUCUUACUCUGCCUGUUGCUCAAAAACAAAGUUUUGUUAGUGGGAACCAACUAUGUUUUAAUUGCAUUAAGCCCAAUCAUGAUGCAAAUAAUUGCCAAGCAUCAAAAUGUCGCAAGUGCAACAAUUCACAUCACACGCUGCUUCAUGACGAUAACGUUAUACGCAUCCCUCAGGAUGUUCCACAAUCGGCUUCAUAUAACAUUGCAUCAACUUCAAAUGGCCAAAGACCUACCUCAAACAAUGUCGCAAGUUCUUCCAACAGCCUGGCUUCGCCGAUGAUUCAGCCAUAUCCCCAAACAUAUCAUCUUCAUGAAAAUACGUCUCCAGCUGCAUACGAUACACAAAGCCGUUCAGCACAAGCCAUUCUUGCCACUGCAGUAGUUUUUGCUCUUGAUAAACAAAACACCCCAGUUCCUUGCCGAGUUUUGCUUGACUCUGCUUCUCAUGUCAGCUUGUUAACUGAGCGAUUCGCAAACCUUUUAGGCAUAAGACGUAAGAGUAAAAUAAUGUCCAUCUGUAGCAUCGGAGAAAAUUCAUUAAUUUGCAAACAUCAAAUUAGCUUCACCAUCAAAUCGCGAUUUAAUAAUUAUGCUGAAAAUAUUGAUGCUUAUAUUGUGGCCAGAAUAUCAGAGUUCCUUCCUGAUGCUCCCAUUAAUACAAACGGUUUAUCUAUACCAUCGAAUAUUAAUCUCGCAGAUCCCUUAUUUGGAACCCCAAGUCGAGUUGAUCUGUUGAUAGGAGCUGAAUAUUUAUUAUCCAUUGGACAGAUUAAGCUAGGCCCUUGGCUUCCAACUCUUCAAAACACUGUAUUUGGCUGGGUGGUGUCUGGCAGCAUUGCACAAGGAGAAUGCAAGAAAAAGGUCCAUUGCUUGGUAAACGAUUCUGAUGAAAAUAGUGAAAAUGAAAAUAUUGCAUCAAUGCUUACCUCUUUUUGGGAAAUUGAAAAGCACGAACAAAUUGAAUUGCCAUUCACGAAAAAUGAAAAAAUUUGUGAAGAACAUUUUCUUAAAAAUGUGAAACGUCUCAGAAAUGGCCGAAUUGAGGUAAGAUUGCCUUUUAAGCAGAAUCCAGAAUCAUUAGGCAAUUCUUAUGCGACUGCCCUUCGAAGAUUUUACGCAUUAGAACGUAAAUUGAUAAAAAAUCACGAUCUCGCAGUGCAAUAUGUUUCAUUUAUGAAAGAAUACAAGCAACUGAAACAUAUGGUGGAGAUCAAAAAUCAAGAUUUUGGUAAAUUACAUUAUUAUAUUCCCCACCAUUGCAUAACAAAACCUGAGAGCUCUACUACAAAACUAAGAGUAGUUUUUGAUGCUAGUGCCAAAUGUGAUAAUGGUGUGAGCUUAAACGACAUCUUAUACGUGGGCCCAGUCGUGCAGCCUGACUUGUUUUCUUUACUUAUCAAAUCUAGAUCACAUAACUACGUGUUUACUGCUGACGUAGUAACUAAAAUGUACCGUCAAAUUGCUCUCAAUGAACAAGAUCGAGCAUUUCACCAAAUUUUGUGGAGAGACAGACCAGAUGAAGAGAUAAAGACUUAUGAACUCUGUACUGUGACGUAUGGUACGGCCUCAGCAUCUUUUUUGGCUACAAGAGCGCUUUUGUACUUAGCAGAGGAAGAGGGUGAUAAAUUUUCAGUAGGAGCAUCAACAAUCAAAACAGAAUGGGGCUAG